GUCAUUCAAAUGUGUCUCUAGUUUGGUUGCUCAGAGUUGUUUGGUUGCUAUGUAAGCCGAUAACAGGAAGGUUCUAUGUUGGACUGUUAGCAGAAGUUAGAGCAAAACAACAGAGCAGACAGGAAAGGAAACCUAGAGAAGAAACUGCUGAGAAGAUGACACAUUCAGGAUUUCCAACCUAUGAUCUGACCUCUCCAAACACAGAGGAGGACAUUGUUCCUCACACAAUCAAUCUGCCUGACCUGAUGAACCAGAUCUGCGAGCUGCUCCAAACAUCGCUGAACCAUUUAUCCAUGACAGUGAUGCAGGAAAAGCUCCUGCUCAAGCAGAGGAGCUCUUACUAUUAUACCAUCGUGAAGGAUCAUCUGAGACCACAGGAAGAUCAACAGGAAUCCACCUCUGUGUCCUUUGUGAAGUCUCACUUGGGCUCGGAUAGGCUCCAGGGUGUGACGCGCUGGGCAAGCUCACAGGUGAUGAUCUUUCUGACCUAUUUAGAAAUGCUGCUGCAGAAAAUCACCAUCAACCGUCAGAACCUGGAAGCCUUUAUCGCAAAGUGGCAACAGGUUGGAGUAGAUGUAGAUGAGGUGGUCUCUGCAGAGCAGCAGCUCCAGCAAGUCCAACAGCACAUGACAGACUUUGAGACAAGAAUGGCGAGAAGCAUCGAGCCGCUGACCCUCAACAGCUUGUUCCUCCUUCAGAUGAGGAACUCCUUUCUCCCUCGGGUUCAAAUGUUGGUGGUCGACCGAGGUCCGGUGAUGUUCCACAGGGAUAAGUUACUAAUUUCUCCCAACUCCGUGUACCUGUUUUGGUACAUCGCAGGUGAGCAGUCUGAGGAGCCACAAUGCGUGUUCGAAGUUGUGGUAAAAACCCCUUCCCCUCACAUACAGAUUUUGAGGGAGGCUGUCUGCUUAAACUAUGAAUAUGGUGUCGAGAACCUAAUGCCAGACACCUGCUACACAUUCACCAUAAGCAGGGUGUUCAGCUCUACAAGGGUGUACCAACGCUGGACCGACACCCUUACCUUGAGGACUCUAAGCUCCGGCCCGCCGCACAGAACAGAGCAUCAGAGGAGUACCUAUGCAUGAAACCAAAGACCAGCACAGUGAAGGCAUUGGACUCUGACAGUUUGGAGGUCAGAAAAAAGGAAGAAGUGAGCAGUCAGUUUCAUGGAGAAAAACACAUUGGUCACUUAAUAAAUGUUCCUCUGGACAAA